UUUAAGAAGGGUCACCCAAGGGCAAUGUCAUUGAGAACACGACCAUUGCCUCAUCCUGACCUUUUCAUAGCUGUGUUUGAAGGCCUUAGUGCAACUGGUGGUAAUCAAUGGACAUCCACCCAAACAUCUGGGGUUUCAUCAUCCCCACAAGUCCAAACACUUCAGAUAGAAGGUGCUAGUGUUCAUUUAGAAGAUGAUGAUGGAGACUCUCAUGAACAAAGUUUUCCAAUGGGUGAUGAAGAUCCUAUCAAUAAUGAGGGACCUAGUGUUCGACCCAAUGAUGAUUCAGAAGUUAGGCCCAAGAAAAAGGCUAAAACAUCUAAAAACUCCAUUACCCUAGAUGACUUGGCUAGUGAUAUGCGUGAUGCACUUAAGCAUAUGGUGAAAAACAUGGAAGGACCAUCGAUUGAUGAAUGUUAUGAAAAGUUGAAAUCAGUUGGGUUAGAGCCUAUAGAUCCCUUGUUUUUGGGAGCAUUUAACAUCUUUGGUCAGUCAACAUACAUGAGACAAGCAUGGAUGACAUUGCCAUUAGACCCUGAGGUGUUGAAAGAGUGGAUUAAGAUGACUGGGAUAACACUGGGGAUGUUCAAGUAG